GGUAGAGGGGCUGAUGAAAGGAAGGUCUGAGAUGUUGAUUUCUUUGCAUAAUGUUUGUUCAAUGUCUUUCCAGGAGUUGUCAGAUUCAAUGGGAUCGGUUCAUUUGUCAAUGUAUUGUAGUUGGUGGGUAAUGAAGUAGUGGAAAAAGCUAGGUGCUUGUAGACCUCCUUGGGGUUUGGGUUUUUGUAGUGUUUCUAAUUUAAUUCUGGCCGUUUUGUUUUUCCAAUAACAUUUUCAAGUCAAGGGAUUUGAACCAGGAUUGUGGGGUCUUUGUUGGGAUCAUAGAGAAGAGGUAGUUAAUUUUGUGUAAUAUGGUCAUUUUUAUUGUCGCAAUUCUACCUAUGAGUGAUAGCGGUAGGGUCAUCCAGCGGUGGAGUUCAUCAUUUAUUGUUUUGAGAAGGGGGUUGAAGUUGAGACUAAUUAACUCUGACAGCCUGGGGGAAAUAUUAAUUCCUAAAUAAGUGAUGUUAGAGGUGCGCAGGGAGUUUGGUGAUGUUUUCGCUGCCACAUCCCAACUAUUUGGACUGAGAGGGAGAAUAGUUGAUUUGGACCAGUUUAUAGUGUAGUCUGAGAUUUUUGAGAAAGUGUUUAUGAGAUUAAUGGUUUCAGGUACGGAUGAUGAUGAUUUUUUCAGGUACGGAUGAUGACUCUUUAACACAAUUGAUGGUAUCGCUGCUGGUGACAGUGCCUCAGGUCUUUUAUGCAAAUAUUUGAUAGUGAGGAAAGCCAGCCUCCUCUGAGGUGUGGCAUUGGAUUAUGUAAGUCAGAAACGCUGACGUAAACCCUACCAUUUACCUGAGCAAGUUAGACAUAGCUGUUUCAGUUUUUUUAACAUUGAUUUACCACCAUCGUUUUGAGAUGGCAAUGAAGACGUGGAAUUAAUGGACACAUCAGACCAACUAUGGUGUUGGUAUUACCUGGCAGACUGUGGCAGUUGGCACAGUUUUGAGGAUGACCCAGACAGCUCCCUUAAAAGUGAGGACCUUGAGAAAUACUACCUCAGAAACUCAAAAGCGAUUUUGAUUAUAACUUCAUUCAACGGUCAGAACGAAUUUGAUUUCUCAGCAAUGUUACAGACAGACCUCAACACAGGGAGGCAAAGAAUGAUCCAUCGGGGCUGUAACAUGAAGAGAAGUUGCUCUUGCUUCAGUACUGCACAAGCCUUGUGGGAAAAUGUUGAUCCCAGUCCAUAUCAGUUAAUCCGUCUGAAUGAACUUACUCCUGAGUAUCAGACUGUGGCUGGUUAUGUGAAGAAGGACGGGCUGCUGGACAGACCUUUAGUAUCCAUCUACAGGAUACAGAAUUUGGACCUUUGGGAAAUGUAUUGUAGGAAAAAGAAACAGUUGAAGAGAAUCCACGGUGUCAAAGAAAUCAAAGAGAGACGACUCUUUCAUGGGACUGAAAUCAAAAAUGUUGACACAAUUUGCAAAUAUAACUUUGAUUUACGAUUGGCUAAUCAAGAACAACACAUAUAUGGCAAAGGAAUAUAUUUUGCAAAACAUGCUACACUUGCAGACACAUACAGCCGGCGCAGCACAGAUCCAUUGCCACUGUGUGGUGACUUGACACAACAUGGUGAAGAAACCAAAAUCAUGUUUCUGGCUCGAGUGAUGAUAGGUACACCAAUUGUUGGAAAAACUCAUUUCUUAAAACCUGAUCAUGGAAGUCUAGAAAACACUCACAACAGUUGUGUUGAUGAUAUCAAUCAUCCCAAAAUUGUUGUUAUUUUUGACCCAAAUCAAAUCUAUCCAGAGUAUUUGAUUCAGUACAAAUAAAGUCAACACAGUAUGUUGAGCAUGUGGAAUCAACAUUUAUACCUCCAGCUGUCUGGGUAAGCAUUUCUCAGGUAUAUUACAUGGUGGUUUUAAAGGUUUUCGUCCCUGCAGUCUGACCUCCCCAAAAAGUGAUCUUCAAUGACUGUUUGCUAAAACUCUCGGGACUUUUAUCAACACACACACACACACACCCACACACUCUGGAUUAAUCAACAUCAUGGGACUUCAACUGACACAAACUUACUGCUUUAAGUAUAUCUGUGGGCACUGACAGACACUUUCUGGGUUACCUUUUUUAGUUACUUUUAAUUGCAAACAUUUUUGUUUUAAAUAAUGUUGUGGGGACUGACACACUUUCUUGUUUAAAAAUCCAAGUGGGGACAUGUACUUGAACUCUGGAGGUCUUCCGGGCACGUCCUACUCUCAACUUGCUGGAGGGAUUAUAUAUCCCUUCUGGCCUGAGAACACCUUGAGAUCCCCCAGGAGGAGCUAGAAAAUGUAACUGGGGAGAGGCAUGUCUGGGGGAACUUGCUUUGCCUAUUGCCACCACGACAAGGCCUCAAAUAAAUGGAUGGAUGAACAUGUACUGACCUCUCACUGAACAUCAUUCUGGGGAAUAUUUACUGACACUUUCUGGGUUUUUAAGGGAUGACAAGUUUUGAGGACACUUCAGGAACCUUUUCUUUUUUUUUUCUUCAAAAGAGGAGUUCAAAUAUGCUGUAAAAGAAUGUGUUUACAGAAAUUAAGCUUUGUUUUAACUCUACCCUUUAUUUAUUGGAGGUAUUAUUUACAAAAUCAAUUGUUACAGUUUCAUCUUUGUCACAAUCUUUACUGUGAUCAUUGCGAGGAGCUUCGUAAAUAAAU